UUGUAGAUGUGUUGCAUAUAGUGAAAAGUCGAGACGUCAUAAUAAAACAAAUUGUAUUAGUAAUUGACAAUAAAAUUGUGUGUUGAAAGUGAAAAUGGAAUACUAUGAGAGAUUAUAAUAUUCGUUAGUUCAAACAAACUGCUAUUGAUAUCAAUAGUGUACCCCAGGUAUACAUAACUUUGUUGCUUAUGUGUACACAUCUGAAUGCAUAUAUGUACAUAUAUAAGUAUUCUAUACAAUCUGAAGUGAAAAAGCCAAUAACUAGUUUUGUGCAUGUGUGCAUGCACAUUAUUUUGUGCAUAAUGGAUAUAUCUAAAACAUCUUAAAAAUCGAUAGUUUUAAAAGAAGGCAUGGAGAAAAUCGGUUCUUACAAGGGAAAAUGAUUUCAUUGCAUGUAACAUCAACCAUCCGUUAUUAUGAAAAUAUAAGGUAAAUAAACACUAAUAUAUGGUCGGAGUCAAAUUAUCAUGCCUAAGCCGAAUCAUAACGUUCGAACUAAGGUUAAAAAGCGUGAUUCUUUGGAAAUAGGAAACCAACAUGAACAUACAAAUAAAAUUGAAAAAAAAGUAAGAAGGGUUCCGACCCAACCUACAACCAAAACAACACACGCUUCAUCAGUAUUAAAACACGAUUUAAUCGCACCAGUUGCUUUACGGAUAAGUGCUUAUAAAGCUUUCACUGGUGGUGUUGAAUCUAAAUCCGACGCCAGACGGUUAAAGCCUAAAUUUUUUGGUCGGACCCCUAACUCUAUCUUGCUUCGAAAAAUGCUUUUUCCUCGACGAAAUCAUACCUUUUUUUUAUGUCUGCAUUUGAUUGCUGUGCACCAAAUUUGUUUGUCGCAGUCAAUAUUAUUAGAGGAAUUAAGUUUAAGGAACAACAGAACCAUUUCGCAGGAAAAGUCAAGUGGAAAUGGUAGCUUCAGCAACAGCACUGGAAGUAACAUGAUUUCUGGUACUUCCCCUAUAGUGCAAAAGGAUUAUUUGGAAAAGUUAAACAACUUUGAACGUAGUGUCGCAGCUGUUUUAAUAAAAGUAGCAUAUGGCACAACCUCUACAACCAAGCGAAGCAUACCAGAUACUAGUUAUUCCUUAGGUCUAACUACUGUUGCCACACCAUUCCUGACAACGCAGAGGUAUGUCUCAGUACAUCAACAACAUGGUGUCAAUGGUCGCCAGAAAAAUUAUGAACUUGACUUAGAGAGAGACCAUGCCUUGCCAACUUCGGCGCCCAACGCUGACAUUCUAAAGAGUAAUAACAAUCCGACCUACCCAAAUCCAAAUCGGCACCAUUCACAUGAAAGGGAUCGUCACAGGAACACCGUUCAGUACAAUUCCACUCCGAUACCAUCAAUUCCCAACCUUUUAAAAAAAUCGAACGGAGGGCAAUCACCAACAAUACCAAUGUAUCCCGGCGAUAUUCCAUCGUAUUCACCACCGUCGAGAGCCUUCUUCACACCGCCACUCCCGCCGGAGUAUCACAAUUCAUUUGCGGACAAGCCCACAUUGCGUGGUACCAAUAAUGAGGGUCUAGUUGGCAUUAGUAGGCGUCCUAUACCACCGCCAAGUUUAAUGCCAAGUCAGGACCGGAUCCCCAUUCGACCACCAGAUCUGGGAGGCAAUAGUAACGAUGCCAUUGUAAAUCCGUUAGCGGACUUAAGUUACGCUAAUACUGGUUUAGAUGCAAAGCACCCCCUUGACUCAACUGUGUCUCAUGGAACGGUGUCUGAUGUGUCUGUCACGGAUCGCAAAAAAGCUCUCAAUACACCGGCACGUACAAGCAGUGACGACUUUUUAAGCGAAAAGACAGCCAGUGCAAAGGGACAGGGGCCACAUCCCCAGGAUGCCACUGAUCCCAUUAAGAGACAGGAAGUUUUACCUAAUAUAAGACGAAUUCUGGGAUCAAAUGGAAAGAACGGUGACAUACCAGCUGUGCUAUUAAAGCAGGUUACUCAGCGACCCAUAAUGAGCAUGCGACAUCCGCCCUCUUCUCCAAUUGUACUAAUUGAAAAGUCUUUAACAAACGAGGAGAGCAGUGAUGUGGAAGGAUCCUCUGUGGCUAGUCCUAACAUUAAUCAGAGCAAAUACCUGCCAGGUCUGUUGGACUAUUAUGACAAUGCUAAUCAGACUACAGGAACAACGCCGUCAGCAGCUGCUGCCAUUGGCGACGUUUCGGCCACAUCAUUUUCCCAUGCCACCACAAACGCGGGUCAACCGGGUCACAUCGGAAAGUCUACUGACACUGUUAAGGGGUUGAGUCCGAGCAUAGGCGAUCGGGAUGCUAUUGCUGCCUCAGCAGCAGCUGCAUCGGCAAACACUACUUGGACCUGGGCCUGGAAUAUUCACAUAUAUCUUUCAGUUGUGCUCUUUACUAUUUUAUCGGUAUAUUCGCUUUACAAACUGCUUACCUAUAACAAGCUUACACAUUUGUUUGCACAGUCGUACUUUGUGUGCAUCCAUCUUAUACUGAUUGUUAUCUGUAUAAUGAGAAUAUUUUUCCUUUGCUUCGAUGCAUACAAUGUUCAUGGCACCUUUAAUAUAUUCACUUCAGAACUUUUGCUGAAUUUACCCUCAACAUUCUUAACAGUGGCAUUUUCUGUACUUAUAUUGUUUCUUUUUCUUAAAUCAUUGAACCACAAGAACAAUCGAUACUCCGCUCUGAUAAGACCACUGACCGUGGUUGUAGGUUGUGGAGUUCACGUUGUGCUUUGCAUUACACUGCAUUAUGUUGAAUCGUAUACAUUAAAAAACCAUCAUUUGUAUUUUCAACAACAGCAGCAGCAGCAGUAUUUUCGUCGGCAGCAACUUCUUAGCCAGCAAGGUCAUGUUACUGCGACAAUGUCUCCAUCAACUAUUUUGCCACCGCCUCCGCGAGUCUUGAAUCUUAUCUGUCAGAUAAUUUAUAUAUUUAUAUGUCUCAGCUUGGGGCUUCUUUAUCUCUACUUGUAUCGCAUUUUAAAGCGCAUUCUUCGCAGCAAAUCUCAAAACUAUAUUCAUGGCUAUCAGAACCUAUCCUACGCCAUACACAUUACGAUUGCCACAGCUCUCCUGUUUGUACUAUUGGCUGCCCUCCAGAUAUUUGGUGCCGUUUGUAUUUCGUCAUCGCGUCAAACUAAUAUAGUUGAUGUCGACUGGCUACAAUGGGGAUACCAGUUUUCUUUGCGUCUCAUAGAAAUAGCCAUAAUAACUUUAAUAUCCUGGGUAACUGGGCUUAAGACCAGUGUCGGACACGAUUCAUUAAAUGCUGUUAAUGGGGACGUUCGAAUGGUUGGCUCUGGUGUGGGUGCUAUGGGUGCGUACGGCCAAGACGGCGGUUCAACAAUUAAUGCCAUGAGAGAGAAACAUGUUAGUAAUGGCACGAGCAGCCACAACUCAAAUGUAACCAAUUUCUUUCUGCCAUGCACUUCGAGCUCUAGUCAAGAGCAGUUCGAAACCGACUACCCAGCUAUUUGCAACGCAAAUACAAAUCUGCACACGUACACUAUGCGGACUGGAAAACUUAUUUACGACGACAGCUAUGCCCUGAAUUCUAUAGGUCCCACAGUGUCUGCAUCUUCAAAUAGUCGCCCCUGUGAAUAUCAACUGCAGGAACCUAUGUACCAGAGGCCAUAUGAUACGGGUUCGGAUGGAAGUGCCCUCAAUGGUCAGAACGUGACAGAUUAUGGAACUCAGGCUACACAAAACUACAAGCAGCACCAUCAAUCCCAUCAAAUGCGCUUUCAAGAGCAGCCCACCUAUAUGAGCGCGGAUUAUAUGACAGAAACUCCAUCAGAUCAUUACGAAAAUCCAAAUUUUAAUUUGCGCACCAACAGCAGUGCAACAGCUGAAAAAAUGCAAAAAGAAAUUUAUGACAAAAAUGGCGUUGGUUCUACAUCAGGUUCUGGAUCUUCUCAGCAUCAAGUAGUACUGUUACAAAACGACAGUUGUUAUUCUGAACCACUUGAGCAGGAAAACAAGCGGUAUGAAUUUAACAUUUUUGAACGUCCUGUUUUUAAGGAUAAAGCUGUUCAUAAUGCUCAGACCAAAAGUGAGUGUUUUCGUGAUCGUCAUAAGAUGACAAAUGGGCGCGAAAAAAAGUUUAAUGGUAAUGGUACACUUGAACGUAAUUUUUUUGAAAAUAAGAAUCCCGAGCGACGCAGUUCAAACUCAACCAAUUCCUGCUCUUCCUCAAAUGGUGGUGGAGGCCGAUAUGGAAGUUAUAACUCAUAUGAAUGCGGAUUUUUCAACGGCGUUCGCAAGAGUGGUACUUUGAGUAGUAUUGCCAGUGGUGGUGUAACAUUGGGAGGAGCUGUUGCAGGUUGUACUCUAGAUGCACCCAUUGCUUCUGCUGGAACUCAACGAAUAGUCGCCAGCGGAGCGCAGACAAUAGGAAUAUCAGAUAGAGACAGAGCCCACUAUUACCAGAGAUCAAGUGGUCGUGCUUCAAAUGUAAGAUCAUUGCAGGGUGGGACUGAUAAGUUUAAAAAUGUACCCAUAAGGCAGCAUCAACUACAGCAGCUACCUUACAAUCAUAAUUCCGAGGAAGAAGAAGAUGAAGAAGACGACAUAAUAUCAGGAAAUAAUGUAGAGUGUACAAACUUGAUCAACAACGAUGAUGGUUCUGUCAUUAUUGCUGAAGACAGCUCUCCAAAUUCUCUUUCCAUUCAUGGAAAAUCGUCGUCAGUACUAGUAGAAGCAGGAGCAGCUAAAAAUUUGUCGAAUGAUUCGCUCUUACAUUCAAAUAUACACACACAACUGCAUAUUCAAAAUAAUGCAAAGCUUCGUUCUGAGUUGUGCACAGCUUCAUCAGCUUCGGUGGCAUCUGCAUCAUCGAACUCAUGCACAACAUCCAGUGCUUCUGAUAGUAUGCUAGUGACAGACCAAGGCUUUUUAAGAUUUCGGUCCAUUGAGGAUCAAAACAGUUCACAAAAUGGAUCUAAUGUAGAUGCUGAAAGGUCAGUUGUAUCUUCCCUUCGGCUUAAAAGUUGCAGUGCGACUGUAAACGGCAUCGAUUGCUAAAAAAAAUUUCUAGAGUCCCGGAUACUUAGCUUUGCAUGUCAUAACAAUAACUAUCUUGUUUCAGUAAUUUACUCUCAAUCAAUCGCUGUUUUGAUUGUCCAUUUAUGCCAAUAAAAGUAGUUAAAUCA